UCGAACCCCAGACCCACCGGAGAGCAGGACUGUGGUCCAACCCACUGCGCUCCCCGUUUCUUGAAACGCUUUGUCAAUAUUCCGCAGCAUUAGUACUCCAACACCCACAACGCACUGCUUUGCUGUGUGAGACGGUUUCAAAGAGAAGUUUACUCUAAUACCCACAAUCCCUGGUCCUCUGCGCGGCAACAAUACGCCGCCAUUUUCCUAGAACGGAGUCAUCCAGCGAAAACAGCGCGAAAAGCUGAAGGAAUUGGGUCACAGAAACCGGCCACAACAAGGAGCUCGGCGUCUGUGGAGAACCGUCAGCCUUGUAGCGACGAUUUACCUCAACCGGGAGCCUAAUGAAUGUCGUCGGUGGGCCUGUUAGAGCUAUCUUCUGCAGCGUCGGGCCGGGUUGAGAGCGGUCGCCUUUCGUUCUGCGGGUGGUUGUUACAACCGUUGUAAACACGACUAAAAACAGGAUGAAGAGAGUUUUACAAGGAGAUGAGGAUGACAGCAGUACAUCCAGCGAAGGUCCCACCGAGCCCAGGAAGAAAGUGCGGCAGCUGGAUGACGAGGCACCGUCCACCUGGGGCCACCUGCCCCAGGAAAUCCUGCUCCAUGUGUUCCAGCACCUGCCCCUGCUGGACCGGGCGUACGCCUCGCAGGUGUGCCGCAGCUGGAAUGAGGCGUUCCACAUGCCCGAGCUGUGGCGCUGCUUUGAGUUUGAGCUGAACCAGCCUGCCACCUCCUACCUGAAGGCCACCCACCCAGACCUCAUCAAGCAAAUCAUCAAGAGGCACUCCAACCACUUGCAGUAUGUCAGCUUUAAGGUGGACAGCAGCACAGAGUCGGCUGAGGCAGCCUGCGGCAUCCUCUCACAGCUGGUGAACUGCUCCCUCAAGACGUUAGGGCUCAUUUCUACAGCCAGGCCGAGCUUCAUGGAACUGCCAAAGUCUCAUUUCAUUUCUGCCCUGACGGUGGUGUUUGUCAACUCCAAGUCGCUGUCAUCGCUGAAGAUUGAUGACACGCCUGUGGAUGACCCAUCCCUCAAGGUGUUGGUGGCCAACAACAGCGACACACUUAAACUGCUCAAGAUGAGUAGCUGCCCCCAUGUCUCACCUGCAGGUAUCCUGUGUGUGGCGGACCAGUGCCACGGCCUGCGUGAGCUAGCCCUAAACUACCACCUGCUGAGUGACGAGCUACUGCUAGCCCUGUCCUCGGAGAAGCACGUGCAUCUGGAGCACCUGCGCAUUGAUGUAGUGAGCGAGAACCCGGGCCAGACACAGUUCCACACCAUCAAGAAAAGCAGCUGGGAUGCCAUGGUGCGUCACUCGCCCAAGUUCAACCUGGUCAUGUACUUCUUCCUGUACGAGGAUGAGUUUGGACCUUUCUUCCGUGACGAGAUCCCCGUCACACACCUCUACUUCGGCCGCUCGGUCAGCAAGGACGUGCUGGGCCGGGUGGGUCUCACGUGCCCGCGGCUGGUGGAGCUGGUGGUUUGCGCCAAUGGGCUGCGGCCACUCGACGAGGAGUUGAUUCGCAUCGCCGAGCGCUGCCAACAGCUGUCUGCUAUUGGCCUAGGAGAGUGCGAGGUGUCCUGCAGCGCGUUUGUGGAGUUUGUCAAGAUGUGCGGCCGUCGGCUUUCACAGCUCUCUAUUAUGGAGGAAGUUCUGAUACCUGACCACAAGUACAGCCUGGACGAGAUCCACUGGGAGGUGUCCAAGCACUUGGGCCGUGUUUGGUUCCCUGACAUGAUGCCUACCUGGUAAAGCCACCAUCAGUCCUGUGAUGUCCCGUGAUCUCUCAGUGACUCCCACGCAUCAUCAAAGCCCACCGCCCCACUAUUGUGGCUGCCUGAUCAACAUUCACAGAAGAUGAGUGUGCAUUGAUUAAUCAAGAAUGGAAUUGAAGCCCAUGUGUUUUUAUACUCGUGUAAAUGCAGUUGAGGCCUAAUUGGUCAGGUGAUAUUCUUCCCCUUGAGGCAUACUCUGAUGAUCUGUGUAUAUACUUCAUUUUCAUCACCUGAUGUUUUCCUUUUCUGGAACAUAGUCAUACACAAAAUAAACGUGUUUGUGCGGGACAGGGUUGAUACUUGUACGACUUCAGUACAGCCCCAUGUGGGAUAAAGAGAAGAGGCAUUUAGGAAUGAUUAUGCACUUAACUCAGAAAUGAAGUCAGCAGUAAGCUUUUACAUCGAAAUAAUUUUUUGAAAAAGUCACUGUUUCAAUGCAAAGCACAAAUAGUGUAGUUUUUUCUCCCAACUCCUGAAGUAAUGCACCAAGCUUCUUGUGUUCCCCAUUACGGUGUUGUCGUGCAAAUGUGGUAUCUUUUUUUCCGCCUGUGCCGAUGUGAUGAAAGUGUUUGUGUCUCUUUGUGUAUAAAUGAGGGACAGACACAUCGAGGUGAGUUACUGAUCUGUGUCACUUACAAUGAAACCCUUAAGUAAGGCUCCUCCUGGGUGAAACACGUUUACUCUCUCUGCGUUCUUCACAAAGGUUGGUUUUCCCUCGAGACUCCGUGCGAAUGUGACCAUGUGGUUUUCAGAAGCUGGGGUGUACAGCGGGGCUCUGGUGUAUGUGUGUGUAGUCAGGCUCUGAAAUUGGGUGGGAUGGACGGACAGGUGAAUGUGUGUGUUUUGAAACUAUCAUUUCAGCUUCAUGCUCUGUUUUAGAUUAAAUUUAUAAACUUUUUUUUGAUGGCGAUGACUUUGAAAAUGUGUAUUUGGAAUUUAGGUAAUUAGGGUUUUUUGCAUAAGAUAAAGCACCUUAUACCUAUACCAAAUUAUUUAUAGUAUUAACAAAGGGAUAACUGAAACAACAGCCAUUGAAAAUGUGAUGAGAUGGCAAUGGGAUGUUCAGAUGCUCGGCGUGAAACACAGCUGAGGUUUUCUGGUCUUGAGCUGUGCUGCUUUGUGGUUGUGCUCAGGUCUGGAUACAACUACAAACCCAAAGCUAUUGCAUAUCACUAACUCCUAGACAUAAAUGUAAAGCAAUAAAACGAUUCAGCCUCUGAGGUAAACGCAAGAGCAUUCUGAGGGCAAUUUUAAUAUGCUUUAAAAUAAGAAUGAGAAAAAAAUCAACUGUGUAUUGUUAAAUUCAGUCAAGCAAGCAGUGAUUAGAUGUACGUUUCACUUGUUUCUGCUCUGUGUCCCCUGUACCCCAGGUCUGUCUCUCGUGGAAAGUUAGACCCCCCCCCCCCCAUGCCAAUGUCUUGCCCCACUACUUCGUAGGGCUAGGAGAGGGAACAUAGGCCAGAGCUCAUCUCUUCAUUGUCAAACCCAGCUGAGGAGAUUUAGCGAAUCAUCAGUGAAACGCUUAAUAAAUUUUCCUUUAAGAAGGAAGUCCCAUCUCUUUUGUAUAUAAAAUGCUGUGUAUUUGAGACUAUCGAUCCAAAUGUAGUUAUCUCUCUACUCUGCCCUCUGUCAGGGUUUGAAGUGUGUAACUAAUGGCUUGUGUCUUUUAUAUGAGAAGGUGAGAGUAAUCCGUCAAUGGAUUUUUUUUCCUUUCCCUUGAUACCAUACUACUUUGUAAUUUAUUGAGAUAAUAAUACUGCUUUUGUAUUAGUUGGUGGUUUAUACUCCUAUGAUUCAUUUUGUGUGUAAUUGUCAGUUACAGUGUAUGAGCAAUAGGCCUUGGUGUAAAUAUAACCGCAUCUAAUCAAAAUGUUACAACAGUUGGUUAAAUGGUGUUUGUAGGGUUUUCAGUUGAAGACUUUGUGGCUCUUUCAGUUAUCUUUGUAUAUAGAACUCUUUGACAUUUGCAUCGCAGUUCUAUGUAGUUGGCAAUGCUUUUCACACAGUCUCAAGAUGACAGCAAAGUUCCCCACUUCUCAGUAGAGCUUAGUCUUCAGAGUGUCUGGAGGAUUAGGAUCACUGUGUUUUACCGUAUUUUGGCAACUCAGCUUUUAAACUGAAACAGUUUUGGACAGCAUUUGCAAAGAUGCUUGCUUUAAUAACAAGAAGGUUCCAAACACACUUUUUCUUGAAGAUUAAGGUUUUGAGUGUGUAUUGCUGUUGAAAACAUAUCCUUAGUUAUCUUUACACACAAUGUUCAUUUUUACACAACCGUUAUAUGUUCUCAGUUCUGUUUGUUAGCCCAAAUGUAAAAUCGGAAGUAGGAAAACAAACUUGCAUUCUUUGCACUUCUAGAAAUGAGUUCCAUAACCUUGUAGUACUUGUAAUAGUUAUUUUCAGAUAAGAAUUGCUGUUUGAUUUGCCUCCUCUGAGUUAAAAAUGAACCGAUAACUGUUUUUCAGGCUUGAUUUGCUGUCCUCUUUGUUUUAGUAUGACAACUGUUUUAUGUAUUUUAAAGAGUUGUGAUCAGUCCAGAAACAGAAUCUAGUGUUUGUGGAAAUGCUUUUU